GGCGGCGGCUGCAGCAGGAGCGAGAGCCAUGGAGCCCGGGCUGCAACGCGCCAGGUCGAGCACGGAGCUGCGGAAGGAGAAGUCCCGGGAUGCGGCCCGGAGCCGGCGGAGCCAGGAGACGGAGGUGCUGUAUCAGCUGGCGCACACUCUGCCCUUCGCCCGUGGGGUCAGCGCCCACCUGGACAAGGCAUCCAUCAUGCGCCUCACCAUCAGUUACCUACGCAUGCACCGCCUCUGUGCUGCCGGGGAGUGGAGCGCAACGCCGGGGGGUGGGAGUCCCGAGGAGCCCCUGGACGCCUGCUACUUGAAGGCUCUCGACGGCUUUGUCAUGGUGCUGACCGCGGAGGGUGACAUGGUCUACCUGUCCGAGAACGUCAGCAAGCACCUGGGACUCAGCCAGCUGGAGUUGAUUGGACACAGCGUCUUUGACUUUGUCCACCCAUGUGACCAGGAGGAGCUGCAGGAUGUGCUGGCCCCCCGCCAUGGUCUGUCGAAGAAGAAGAAGGAGGGGACGACGAUGACGGCGUCGGGGUCGUUGGCCACGGAGCGCAGCUUCUCCCUGCGGAUGAAGAGCACCCUGACCAGCAGAGGACGCACCCUCAACCUGAAGGCCGCCACCUGGAAGGUGCUGCACUGCACGGGCCACAUGCGGGCGUACCGGCCCCCCCGGACCCAGGGCCCGAGGGGGGGGGCCCCCGGGGAGCCCCCACUGCGCUGCCUGGUGCUGAUCUGCGAGGCCAUCCCCCACCCCGGCGCCCUGGAGCCCCCACUGGGCCGUGGGGCCUUCCUCUCCCGCCACAGCCUCGACAUGAAAUUCACCUUCUGCGACGAGAGGAUUGUGGAAGUGGCGGGGUACACACCGGACGAUCUCAUUGGCUGUUCGGCCUUUGAAUACAUCCACGCUCUUGACUCGGAUGCGGUCAGCAAGACCAUUCACACUUUGCUGAGCAAGGGUCAGGCGGUAACCGGCCAGUACCGCUUCCUGGCCCGCAACGGGGGCUACCUAUGGACCCAGACCCAGGCCACGGUCAUCUCCGGGGGCCGCGGAGGCCAGGCCGAGAGCAUCGUCUGCGUCCACUUCGUGCUCAGCCGAGUGGAGGAGACGGGGAUGGUGCUGUCGCUGGAGCAGACGGAGCAGCAGGGCCGGCGGCCCCCCCGGCCCCCCGAGCCCGGCCCCCACCCCGACAAGGCCCCCACGGACCCCGAAGGGCUCACCGCCCCCGGCCCGCGGCUGCUGGCCUUCCUGCGGCCCCCGGCCCGGAGCGAGGCGGAGCUGGCCGCCGACCCCCGCCGCUUCUGCAGCCCCGACCUGCGGCGCCUGCUGGCCCCCAUCCUGGACGGUGGGCUGGCCCACGCCCCGGCCGCGGGACCGCGGGAGCCCCCCCGGAGCCCACCCCCGGCCGACCUCCCGGAAGAGCUGUUCCUGGACCUGGAAGCCGUACACCGACUCUUCGCCGCGGACCGGGAGCUGGAGGCCGGGGAGACGGCACUGGACGUGGCCCAGGCCCCCGAGGCGCUCGACCUGGAGAUGCUGGCCCCCUACAUCUCCAUGGACGAUGACUUCCAGCUGAGCUCCGGCGAGCAGGCCCGCCGGCCACCCCCGCGCCGGGCCGCCCUUCCCCGGCCCCGAGCCCGCAGCUUCCACGGGGAGUCCCCCCGCCCCCCAGCGCCACCCACCCUGCCACGCUGGGACAGCCACCCCCGCCUCAGCCGGCCCCCCAAGGAGGGGUGUGACCCAGGGGAGUCCCCCGGAGCCUGCACCGCCCCCCGAUCCGGGGCUCGGAAGAGGGGGCUGCUCGCAAAUGCAGCAGAAGAUGGGGUGGGAACCGCAUCCCUGGGGGCGAAGCCCCCCAAGCGGCCCCCCAGCCUGGAUCCUGACCACUUCCUGUUGCCACCGCUUGGCCUGAGCUUCUUGCUGGUGGGGCAGCCGGCCUCCGGGACCCCGCCCAGCCCCGGCCCCCAGAUCCUGGGCCUAGAGGAGUCCGAGGCCUCGGGUUUGGACGCGGCCGUGGAGCUGGUGGACUUGUACGAGGACGGAGGUGCCGGCCAGGGCGGGGGGCACUUCCAGCCGGGGGAGGUGCUGCUGUAGGCCGCGGGGCCGGGCCGGGCCGGCCGACAUCCCCGGCCCGCUCCACCGCCCCACCCCCGUUCAGCCACACUCCAGACCCGGGUCUCUCUAACGACGCACAGGGGUCUCGCCACCCCCACCCCAGCCGGGUCCCCGGGGCUCUGACAUCACUCCGCGGCCCCCCGACCUCACUGAUGCCCCGUCCCGCCCCCCUUCUCAGGGGCCCGGCCCCCAGCCCUCCAUGGUGCUCUAGCUCCGCGAUUACCUCAAUUUGUAGGGUUCGUCUUUAUUAGGGGGGGAGGGGGGAGGGGAGUUUUUAACCCGUCUGAGCUCGGGGGACUCCGUUCGGACGAUCCCUUGGUCUCUGCUUUUCUGUUGGGACACUGGUGGGUUUUUACUAUUUGUUUCCUGGGAACAGGCUCGAGCCGCCCUCCCGCCUGUCGGCCUCCCUGGCUCCGGCCGCUGGUUCCCGCCGCCUGCCCCCUCCCUGGGACCCCCCCGUUCCCCCCACUGAGAUCCCUCCCCCAGCAGCCGUUCCAGCCGCUCGGUGAUCACACGCACAGCCCUGCCUCCUGCAGCCGGGGGCGGAGGGACAGACGCACACACAAACCUCCCCCUUCCCUCCGCCCCAUCUCUCCGCCGGGCAAGUGACCUGUUUCCAUGACAAUGGGGCCCGGGGAGCCACGUGGCACCGCGACCAGGACCGCCCCACCCCCUCCCAGCCUCGAUUCACCCCCUUUCGGGCCUCCCCCCACCGGCCCAUCCCGGGUUGGGGGGGACACAAAAGCCCACAUGGUGCUAUGGGGGAGUCUGCGGGGAGGGCCGGUGGUUCCUGUCUGCCCUUGGUUGAGGGAGGGGGGUCUGGGCCCCUGGGGGACUCUGUACCCCCUGACCUCACCCCGCUGCCAUAAAAUGAGCGGUCGAGCCAAGCCCCCCCCCGGACCUGUUGACCAAGAGCAGUUUAUAGUGUCGUUCUGGGCAACUUGGGAGGGGGGUGGGCUUUUGUCUCCAGCAUGUGCAUGUGUGGGAAUGUAAUAACAGUAAUAAUAAUAAUAACGGUAUUUGUUCAUAA